AUGCCAUAUUCGUGUCAUUGCGAGUCUGACGCAACACGAUUCAUCUUCCAGGGAAUUUUAUGACAUCCCUAACAAUCAAAACACCAACGAACGUUACACUGGCAUCCGCUUCUCGCCCUUCAAUCAUCUUUCCUCCGAGAGUAUACCUAUCUCCGCUAGUCUUUAGUGGGUUGAGGUCAAGGACGACUCACGUUGUUGAAUUGUUGAAAGAAUUCUCCGCAACUUCAUAUGCGUCCAGUUUGCGAGCAUUCGUAACUAUUGGGAGGAAUGAUGCUUGGAGAGGGAUUGGUGCUGGUCAAGGACGUGAACUCGUCGUGGCAGAUGCAUUCAUUAAGGGCGUUCCCCGGUUGAGGGGUAUCAAAGCAUUUUUCGCACGUCACACCUUCAUCCUCCUCUGCAUCACAACCACCACGUUUUUCAUCUCCUCAUUAGCGAUAACCUUGACUGUCUAUCUCAGCCUCUCUCCCCGAAUCCACAUCAUUCCACCCACACUUGAAGAAGAAACAAAGUUGCGUGAAACCACUGAAAGCGAGGAGCCAUUUGGUAUUAAAGAGGAAGAUUCGGAUGCCGCAAGUGAUCUUUUGACCACCAGUUUGGGUCCAAAUGCCAGUGUGACUGGGACGAGGAGUCGAACGACACGAGGCGACGAUGAAGAUGACGAAAAGGAGGAGAGUGAUAUAUCUGUCGUUGAAUGAUAAAGUGACAAUCGGCGACGUGCCUGGAUGCGGGGGUGGCGGUUCACCACAUCAUUGCUCUUGACUCAUGGCUCCUCUUGGAAAUUUGAUUUGCUUUGCUCAUGCUGUGUGAUACAUAAUGACGAAGAGAGAGAAAGCAUGUUGAAUUUUUCGCCUCUAUUUGAAACGGACCCUUCAUGUAAUGCUACUCCCAGCCUUGUUUGAGAUCCUGUGCUUGUCCCACACGGGUCCGAACACUAUCU